AUGGCGCAAGGGGCAAGUGCAAGAUUGACGAGAUUGAAGGGAGCCCACCUCCUCCUCACCCACCCCCCAUCCACCCAACCGUCUCCAACCCCCCACCCUUAUUCUCACCCCUCUCCUGCCCAGUCCCAGCGGAGCGUCCGUGCGUGUGAGCUGGUGCGAGUGAGUGCGGGGCGGGAGGAAACAGCAGGAGGGGUGGCGCAGCAGGUGUUGCGAGAUCAGGGAGUGGCGCUGGCAGCAGGGGGGACUGCAUCGCUGGUGUUCAAUGGGGUGGAGCUGGAUGAACGCUCCACUCUGGAUCAGUGCGGCAUUCGAUCUGCUUCCGGGCGAGAGAGCUGGGUGCCUCGAUUUCUUUUCCCCAACGCGUGGCACAUGCAGUCCGUGCCAAGAAAGCCGCCAGUCAAGGUGACCGACCCCACAUGGCCAGUGGCAAGGCACGGAGCACCACCGCAGCCACUGCCGUCCUCAGUGCUCUCGCUCCUCACUCUUCCGUUUGACUCCGUCCCUGUCUGGGCACUCUUCCUCUGUCUCUUUGUUGCUGGCCUCUGUGCUGCUCGAUGA